UCACGCCUGAUAUUUCAUAUCAGUGGUACCUUCUCGCCCUCCUGGUGAUAUUAUUUUUUCAUGAUGAUAGGUACAUACAUACGUAACAUUAGUUAUUUGGCUGCAUUGCCACUGCCACUUGAAUCUCAGAAUGUGCCAUGGAUGUAAAGGCAUGUGCAUAUUUUGUAGAACCACAAACUUCCAAGGCGUCAGAUGAGGUAACCAAAGAGGUUGCUACCACCGUUGACCCCCCUCAAACUGGAAUGGACAAUGCUCCUGUUGACAAUAAGGGACCUCUCGGAAAAAGCGUGGGUGGUGAUGUCGUCGAAGGGGAAAAACAUGUUAGUGAUAACCCACAGCAGCAGCAGCCGUCAGGGGACGAGGAGAAAGUUGAGGAGAACGAAGUGGGUGAAGAACCGGAAAUGAGCCGACGUAUGAUAAGCAUGCCAGAAGUAACAGAAUCCGCCAAACCUUCACCUCCACCCGUGUUCACAUGCCACGAAGCCACCUACGUUCCAAAUAAGAUUUUGACGAGCAAAAAGCAGAAGUCUACCUUGUGGGGUGCCAACGAGAGCAGUGACGAGGACCUCAGCGGGGAUGAAUUCUUUCCCCAAGCCUCGGACAGGAAAAACUAUGCCAAGCACUACCCCACUGACAACGAGUAUCGUCCAGCAGCCAUGUCUCCAUUCCCAGUCAUCAUCCAACAAGUGGUCAGACUGGUGCACUCAGAACUAGCGAAGCACGGCUGCCAGCGCCUCCUCCCCGAAAAGGCCAAGCCAGCCACCCCCAACGAAGAGUCACAAAGUCACCACAAGAAAAGGGAGAGUCACCUCAAGCUCCCCCACGAGAACAUGGAGAGGAAGAUGCACCGGCUCAAAAUCUACAAAAGAGCCUUCGGUUCCCUCGUCAUCUACUUCAGAUCCUACUCUCCGCUCCUCUUGUACAUCAAGAAGACUUACGACGACGUCCUCUCCUUCCGCCUCCGCCAGUUCAAACAGGCUCAGCACGAGAAGCUCCGAAUCUACCAUGAGCGAGCGUCCCUCGAACACAAAAUGAUGACCUACAAGUUUCCUGACUUUAAACGCCUGAAAAAAUCGGAGCAGCAUUUAAAUCUGCUCUAUGUCCGGAUUCGUAAACAGGACGAAGCUAUUGAAUUCAUUACAGAGAUCCUUCGAAAGAUGGAACGAUCGCUGAGUGACCACUAUGAAAAGUAUCGGGACAUGGAGGAUCAAAUUAAGCUCCUGGACAUUGAGUUGACAGAGUUGACGCAGCGAAGCAUGAUCCCGAAAAAGUUUGAAGUGCAAGAGAGUGAAGAUAACAAUGGGGACGAUGAGGUUCCUGCCUUUCUCAAAUCGAUGGAUGACGACGAUGAGGAGGAACCCAUCGACGAGAAUGAAGAGAUUGAUGAAGACAAAAGGAUGGUUCUGAUUUUAGCAUAUGCCGUUUGUACCAAGGACUUGGAAGAGGCGCACAGAAAGCUCAAGCUGUACGAAAAGAAGUACCAGCUGCAGCAGCUGAAGAAGAGGCUGCUGCAGGGGAGAAUGCAUGGUGGAGACGAAGAGGAUGCCUUGGAAGGCCAACCAAUUGACGACGUUGUGGCGUUGGGUGAGAAUAGCGAGGACGAGGCGGAGGAGGGAAUGUCGGACGAAGAGGAGGAAGAAGACGAGGACGACGAAGAGGAGGACGAGGAGAACGACGAAGCGGAGGAAAACGAAUUCGUCGAGGAUGGUCAAGAAUAAUCAGCAAAGUAUUCACAUAAAUCU